AUGUUGUUCACUAUCUCUCGUGUUGCUCGCCCUGCAGCUGCUCCUGUCAGCAAGGCCAUUCAAGCUCGUAACAUGGCUACCUUGAAAGAAAUUCAGCAACGUUUGAAGUCUGUUCAAAAUAUUGAAAAGAUCACCAAAUCUAUGAAAAUGAUUGCUUCAACUAAGGUUAGCAAGGCUCAACGUGGUAUGGAAUCAGCUCGUACUUUUGGUGAAUCUUCUAACGCUCUUUUCCAAAAUGCUGAAACUAAGGCAGCCACUGAUGGCAAGAUCCUUUACAUUGCUUCUUCUUCUGAUCGUGGUCUCUGCGGUGGUAUUCAUUCCAGCAUUUCCAAAGCAACUCGUCGUAUUGUCAGCGAAAACCCUGCCUCUGAAACUGCUCCUCUUGUCAUUCUUGGCGAUAAGCCCAAGGCUCAACUCAGCCGUGUUCUUCGUAACAAUAUCGUUUACAGUUUCAAUCAAAUUGGCAAAGGUCUUCCUACCUUUGAAGAAGCCUGUUCUGUUGUCGAUACUAUUCGCGCCAACGGUGAUGUCGACUUCGACUCUGUCAAUAUUAUUUAUAACAAGUUCAACUCAGUUGUCUCUUAUGAAGCUGAUGUCAUUCCUGUCUACUCUGAAGAGACCUUCAAGGCCUCACCCAACUUCUCUGUUUAUGAAAUCGAAGAUGAUGUGUUGGCUAACUUGCAAGAAUUUACUUUUGCCAAUGGUGUCUAUUGGGCUAUGGUAGAAGGCCAUGCUGCUGAAAUGUGUGCUAAGCGUGCUGCUAUGGAGAACGCUACAAAGAAUGCUGGUGAAAUGAUUCAAAAGUUGACAAUGACUUUCAACCGUGGUCGUCAAGCCGUUAUUACCAACGAAUUGAUUGAUAUUAUUACUGGUGCAUCUGCUCUUUAA